UUCCCCACGCAGGCCACAGCUCGCUUUUGCCUGCUCCUCUGGCUACCGUGUUUUGAGGCUCAACAACCCAUGAAGUCAACCACAAUGACUGUAUUUGUUCCGGUGUACAGAAUAGGAAUUUCAAUCCGCUUUAACAACAUGACAACCAGAUAAAGCUGGAUAGUUUUAGUGUUGUUUAAACAAUCUGUACUAUUAUCAAGAACAAGAUUAUUCUGUAAUCAAUAUACCGCCAAUGCCGCUGAAGAAAAUUAUAUUCGGUGAUUUUAAAUCAAAGUGUUCACGUCAUUGAGUCACUGACUUCUACCACUCUUGCACUGACUGAGGCCAAGUCUACCAUCUGUUCUCUGUGGACAUUUUGCCCUACGGUUACUGCCAUGCCUUCAGCCAUAUGACAGAGUAACACCGGGGACCCGAAAUCCAGACCGUACCCAAACGAAGCUGUGUCGUCGGGGUGACAGAGCGUUUUGACCGGUAUCGACCAGAUCGUCAUGCCCACAACAUCCCGGUCAUUUAGUAUUCUUCGUGGACUUCUAUAAAACUGAGUCUCUAUGAGCACAACGUCAACUAUCUGACAAACUUGUUUUUUCCCCCGUUUUUUUUUAACAAUGGAUUAUUUAAAUCGGCUCUACCCACCGCCGAAAAAGACAACUGCUUCAUCAGAGGUAUCCGAGCGGAAGGCAAAGUUUCUCCAACUAAUCCAAAAACUACAUAAGCAUUACCAGGAGCAACUACACGCUACGUUGGUAUGCAACAGUAAAUUCGAGAAGGCUACCAGAUACUUCAUCAAAGCACUGCGGCGAAUCAAGCCUACACAGGUAGAGUGUUUCUCAUCACUGAAAAUUCUAGAGAUUUGCAUGAGGUCAUGGACCUUCGACGAGACAGUUGACCUCCCGGCCAUUGACCUUCGCUCGUUACUCCAGACGUUCCUAAGGAACCUUAACAACUUCCGGAUCCUCCGGCAACACGUUAAGAUGAACGUUUACCUCACCAUGAAGCAACUCCCGGAAGAAAUGGAGAACCAGCGACAACGGAGGACCAGGGAAGACCUGGAGGUCAUCUUGACCACGUGGUCAAACCUGACCAAUCCGGCCACGGACUUGACCAAGAUGGACCACCCGAGCGUGGACGCGCUGCCGGAGGAGUAUUUCGAGGGGACGGAAGAGAGAAACUUUUACCGGGGAUUACUGAGCAUCAUUCCUAAACUAACGGACCUCGCCAACAAAAUUGACUUUAUGCUGCUGAAAUAUCAAAUGGAGAACUUGUGAGACAAAGUAAAAGGGCUUUGAUACAUUUUGCAUAUAAACAGUUGUUGGCCAAGACAUGAAUUCCUGCACUGUGAAUUAAAAUAAUAUAAAUACUCUUUAAAACAGAUGGAUUCGCCGGCCUGUUCAUGACCUGAUAAAAAUGACCAAACCCUCGGAGUCGAGAUUUUUAAACAUUUCUAUACACCUAUAGCGCCCUCUUCCGAAUAAAGACAAAGUCUUGUCUGAAAACUACGAAUUGCAUAAACUAUUCCUUGACACUUUUAAGAUAAAACACAUUAUGAGUGACAGCAAGAAGUAAAGUUAUGGUUUUAAAUUAAACUCUGUUUAUAGUUUUCGUCUGAAAUAAAAACCACAUAAUCUGCG